AUGGCUCGAGUUUCUUCAAAUCCCGUCGGACUCCAUAAAUUCCGGCCGUCUUGUAUUUAUCCUGCCAUAAAAUCUCUUUGUUUCAUAAAUCCCUCAGUUCAUUCUUGCAAUAGAAAGCUCAGAUUCCAGCGGUUGUACUGCCAAACUAAACCUAAUCCGACCGAUUCCAAGUCUGAGAAAAACUCGGUUGUUGAAUCUGGUUCUGAUAAAGAAGAAAAGAUUCCGGAAGUUACAAGUUCUCCAAGUGGUGGUGGAUUACCUACUCUCCCAAACAAAAGCCUCAACCGGAGAGUUGCAAUAGCUUCUAUUCUUGGAGCAGUAGGCCUGUUUGUUUCAGGUGGUGUUCUACGUUGUGAUGUAACUGGCAAAAUUCUCAUGAAAUUUUUCCUUUCUGGAAUGCCCGAUUUGAAGCUAGGAUUAAAUGACAAAAUCAGCCUUAAGAAAGAGUUUGAAAUUAAAUCACACCCUACUAAAAGAUAUCGUAUCACUGAGGGUGUAAAUCUUCCAUUUCGGGUAUUGACCAUAAUCAAGGAAUUAGGCAGGACACGCAUGGAAGUUAAUGUCAAGGUAAAGAGUGUAUUUGGUGCAAAAAUGUUUGUACUUGGAGUUGUGAUUAAGAUUCCAGUGCCCGAACAAACAACAAAAAUGAGUAUUCAAGUGACAUCAAGAAGGGAAAAGUACAAUGCUUCUAUGAACUGUUUGAUGUGGAAGAUAAGGAAAUUUCUUGGUCAAACGGAGUCAAUUUUGAGUGCGGAAAGUAGAGUUGAUUUCAACAAUUGCAGAAAAGAAGUCGUGGACUAG